AUGCAUGAUCGAGAUCAGUCGCGAUGUAACCAUAGCGUGAAACGGCCUCGCACCAGGCCACCAGGCUUACACCACCAAAUGCGUGACGACGGUUGAUUUUCUUUUUUAUCAGAAUCAGACACAGUUUUGAGAACGUUGAAAAUCAGAUUUUUCGAGUCUAUGAUUCUGGCCGAGAUUCGACAUUCCAUCGAGGAUCCCCUUACAGAGGUACAGGUAUGGUCAAAGUAUCAAAUGUACAUUCAAGCAUGUCUUUGUUCUAUAAUAUUCUUCUGAAAUUCAUGCGAUUUCUCGUUUGCCGAAAUACAUCCGUUACGUAAACAGCAGGGACGCCAAUCGAUAUCUUACAAUUGGCAAAAUGUACUUUGGGAUAUUGUUCACCUUCUCUCUUUCUCUCUUUGUGUGUGUUCUUCUUCCCUCCUCUCAUUUCAGACACUUUUCUUAACGACAAAGCAAACGUUACGGGAAUUUGUUGUAUUAUCUUUGCCCGAACUUUUACCUGAAAAAGUAAGUUGAUUUGAAUAAAUCGUCGUAUCUGUCAAAUAUCGAAAUAUUUCUUGAUUUCAAAUAACAUUCAAAUAAUUCAAAUAAUUCAGCUUUUUCUUCUGACAUGAAAUUAUCACAGCCUUGGCUAUCAGGAUCGUUUCAACGAUGAUCAUAUUCUUGCGUGAUACGGAACAGAAACGAAAUGUAGGUUGAUUCAAUAGAACGACCGGUCGGUCUUUUCUUUUUUUUUUUUUUUUUUUUUUUUUUUUUUUUUUGUGCAAAAUGACUAAUUACAGAGAUAAAUGAGGCAAUGAGAAAU